ACAGCUCCAUGGAAACCUUCCUACAGUCAAUGAGCCACGUAUGCCAAUUGUGAAAGGACGUUUUUCCAUUAUGCCUACUGAUCCUCUAGCUCUAGCUAAGCAGUCUGCCAAUGUGGACCCCACAGUAAAAAGUGUUGUUAGUGAUUUAGUAUCGCGGACUGCUGUUGCCAUUGAAGAACAGGUAGAAUAUGGGGCCAAAUUGAAAACAAGCAAAUCCGCGCCAGAAAAUAUUCAAAAAGGACGCUUCCAGAUAACUGUUGUUGAGAAUGUUCACGAGCAAAGCACUGUUGUAGAACCUGAAAAUGAGAUAAGUCCUGUUAAAAAUGAAGAUAAUAGUGUUUAUGUACCUUCUUGUGAAUCGUUGAAAGUUGACAAAGAAUUAAUAUCAUCAACUGAUACCUCACCAUGUCAUAGCCCAGGAAGCUCUUCUGAAGUUCCAGCUAAUGUAAAUGUUAAAAGUACCACUGGUUUGUCAUUGCCACCAGUGCAUUUAGAGAAUGCUCCAUUUACUGACAAGAAACCACCACUGCCACAACCUCAAAAUCAGCAGAAACCAAGGCCAGAUUCUGCACCCAUUGUCAGUCAGGAUUCUGAAUUUCUUCACCUUGAUCCCAAUGAUGAAGGUCUGCAAUGCUUGCUGAAAAGGCAUAGAAAAGAAAAAGAAGAGCUGGAAAAUAAGCACAAGAAUGAGAUUGAAGAAUAUGUGAAGAGUAGGGAAAAAGAUGCAUCUGGUGCUGUUAGACGUUACUCGUUACAAGUGAAUGCAUCUGGUGUAAAUUGUAAUAGAACUAGUACUGCCGCAAAUCAGGCAGUUCCGGUUGCAAGGAAUACUUCACCACAGCUGUUCACAGAGAAAGCGACUACUAGUAAUUUACCAGCACCUUUACCAGUCAAUGCCAAUGAUAUAAGCAAUGAUAUUCCUGCAAAUGCUGCAGGUAGCAGAAUACUCAGUCAAAAAACUUUACAGAGACAAGGUGAAAGUAAUGUGACGCAAACUAGGAUUGAAACUGGUGUGAAAGAUGGAAGUGGAUUGCACUCUCACAGUGAACUUUCAUUGAACACUUCAAAUGGAGGAGAGCAAAAUGUCCAACAAGGGGCUUCUGGAACUGUAUCCAAAACUCCUCUUUUUACUGAUGAUUUACAUAAGCUGGUGGAUAAUCUAACAAGGCCUAAACUACCUAAUAAUUCAUCUGAGAAAUUGAGUUUGAACCAGUUGAAGCAAAAUAAACUGAAACAGGAGUGGGAAACAAAUAUGAAAGGAGUAAAUAAUGAUUCUGGAGCACAAACAAAGCAAGGUAUACCAAAGACUGUAAAAACUUUUAAUACAAAUCAAGCACAAACUUCAUAUAUACAACAACAACAAGGAGGGGGAGUAAUAGCCAGUGGCAGUCAAUUGCAGUUGAGUACACAACAGCAGACACACAAAUUGCAACCUCUUGCUAAAGGCAACCACCAGAAUGCAAGUACAGCAGCAGAAGCAACAGCACAAGCAGCAGAAGUACUACCACCACCACCAUCGCUGCCAUCAGCUAAAGCCACAGGAGGAAAUAAUGUACCAGCAAAUGUUUUGCAUCAACAUGUGGUGCAGGACAGAACAGUUCCACAAGUUAAUGGCCAACCAACCUCUGUUGCUAAUCAGCCCAAGUCCACUGUUGGAUCAGAAGGCUAAUGACAACCUAAAAACAGCAGAUACUGUUCAGUUCCAAUUUAAGUGUCAUUUGGCAAUACUUUAAAUUUUAUUGAAUUGGGGGUUAUUUUGUAUAAUUUGUUACAAAUUGAUAGCAAGUAUUUCUGGACUGACAUAACCCUAACAUAAAAACACAUGUUUUUUCCCCUCUGUCUUUGCUAUGUUAUAUAAUUAAGUUUAGAAGCUGACCUAAUGAAAUAUUGUUAAUAAUAAUUAAGGGCAAUUGUUUGAUGUGGAGAAAUCUGCCAAUGCAUUGUUUUAGUGUGCAUGCCUCACAAUUGUAAAAUUGAGACAUAUAGACUAACAAACUAAUAUUUUAGUAUUGAUUGCAUCAAGUUUUCACUCUUUAUAUCUCACUGAUUAUAGGAACUUGAUGUCUGGUUUUUUUACCUAACAGGCAAAAAAUGAAGUAUUUUGCAAAGUGGGAAUACCCCCCGGUAAAUGACAUCUUUUUUGAAUCACUACUAAAAUAAUGCCAACUCAAAAACUUGUACCCUUAAUCAUUUAUAGUCAAACUAAAACAUUGUGUACUUUUAUUUUAGAAUAGUCCUUAAUAAUCUACGAAUGUACGUGUAUAUAAUGCACUUCAAUGUUCUGUAAUCUUGACUGUUUGCAAUUCAGAGAUAUCAGUCUCAAAAAUGCCCUGAAAUAAUUAAAAACAUGAAAGACUACUACCAAUGUUAAUCGAUUAAGAUGUCUGAAUUGGAACUUUUACAGUAUUUAAAUGUGUAUUUUAAAACAAGUUGUAUUGCAAGACUGCUAGAUGUAAUGAAAAUAUUUACAUGUUAUAUUAUGACAAGACAUUUUUUUGAAGAUUAGUUAGCUUAAUGUGCCUUUUUAUAAUUAUUAUUUGGAGUUUGUCUCCUGUUGCUUAAUUAUAGAGCCGAUUGUCUCCCGUGUACAACAACUUUUAGUCAUUGUGAUUGCUCUCAGAUAGUAAUGCAGUAGUGUUAAAAUUGUUACCUCAAGAGAUUUUUCAUAAAAAACACCUGUAAAUAAUGCGUCUGCGCGUGCUUCUAUUUUCAUCCUUCAUUGGCAAAAGCAUAUCAACUAUGUUUUGUGUGUUAACAAGUUUUCCUUUUUACAAAUUUGGUUGUAGACAUGAUAUUUUUUAUUCAUGUGGGUGCUCUUUUAAGUUUCCUGAAUAUGCAAAGUUUAGAUACUUGGGUGAUGAUACAUUUCUAUUGUUCACUUUAGUGUGCGCGUGUGUGAGUAUACAUUAUGAUCCUGCAUAAGUUUUUUCAGAGCAUGUUUUGCCACAUAUGUACAGAUUUUCAAAGAGGCACAUGAACUUAUUAAAGCAAAUUAUUUUGUCUACAAUGUUUAAAAAAUUACUAGCCAUGGCAAUGAUUUAUUAUAUGCCUCAUCUUAAGUUUUAUUUUGUUCUCUGUGCAUUUAUUAGUUAGAAUUCCUGUAGUUAAUUUAUUUACAGUUUAAUUUAUUUAUCACUGAAUUUGGAUUAAGUCUCUGAUAGCUGGCAGCACAACUUACAAAAGAUAUUACUGGUUUCAUAAUACUGGCAAAAAGAUGUAGAAUUAACAGUGUUGGUGUUAUGACAGUUUGCUAACAUUGAAUCUCUUCUGCUGGAUAUAGAAAUUUUUAAUAUUGAAUUGAAAAACUACCCAAGUUCUUAACUUUAUAAGUUUUAUAAUUGUUUUGAGUUUAUUUGAUUGCAGAAAUCUCAGAGAAAAUAUGGGAUCCCAAUUAAUGGAGCAUUCAUUUAAGUUGUAAUCUCUGUAAAAAUGGGUUUGUAAAUACAAUUAAUCAGCCUUUAUUUGUACAUGGACUCGGAGCUAAUCUAAUAGUUACAUAGCGAUACAGUAAAGCAAGGAAUUCUCAGACAUCUUCUCAGAAACCCAUUUUACUAAUGAAAAGCAUAUUUUUGGUCAAACAAAUUUGAAAAUUGUUCAAUCGUAUUAACAAAUAAAUUAAAUUAAGUUUCAAUUCAGUGGCCAAGUAUGGUAAAACAGCCUGGGGAGUACACUGCUUGCUUAACUGCUUCAAUAUAUGCAUUGAACGAUGUACAUCAAUGCUGUAUAAUAAUUGGUCUUUAGUUUGGCAGAGAAGUCAGUCAAAACAAUGUUGUAAAUUGGAGCAAAAGCUAGUAUUUACAUGGUUCAGUAGUUCCUUGCUUCACUGUUUCAAAUGUAAUUCUCCAUUACUUCAUAUACCCCUAGUCAUUUUGAUUUUUUUUUUAUACAUUUCAUUCAAUUAAGUUUUCAAUAUGUCUUAAUAAUAGACCAAGAUUACACUACUGACACCACUGAAGUAUGUGCUGUGUCGGCUGCUUCAAUGUUUCAAUGCUUAGUAAUAAUAUUUCUGAAUUGUGGAGUAUGUUGACUUAUUAUGACAGUACCAUUGACAUCCAGUAUCAGUGGUGAAGUAAUUUGCUACUUACUAUAAUUUUAUAUAAUUAAAUUCUCGAUGUUUUGUCAGCAAUUAUGGGUUUUAUUUACCAAAUACCUAUUUUUUUCUUGUGCAGCACUAAGAAUUGGGAGCAGAUUUUAGAAAGCUGUUGUGUAUAUAUUUAUAUAUAUGUAUGUCAAACUAGCUUCCAUUCCUAGCCAUAGCUUUUUUUCCCCCCUGUUUAUUUAUUUAUGUAAUGUCAGUACGCUUGAAUACUGCACCAAUCAACGCAUUUCCUAUGACAGAAGUAUAUGUAAGCACAACCUUAUUCACGUACAUAUGAAUUCUCUUCUAAUGUGUGUAUUAUAUAUGCCUUCUGUGAAAUCUAGUUUGUGUUUCCAAUAUGUUGCAAGUCUUCCUACCAAUCAACAACCAAUGAAUGUUAUUAUAUACAGCAAUCAAAAGUGCAACUCCAAA